AGUUCCCAGUCGAGUGUUCAGGAUAUCAGGAAGAAGGAAAACUUUUAUUUUCCAGGUUGUACUUUUGGAGAUCUGCUGGUUUGGCUCAGCCGCCCUCAGUCUCGUCUGUGUGCUCAGGGAGGCUCGGCAGUACGUCAGUGAAGCAGCGUGAGGGAGAGAAGACGAUCCUGUCGGUCUGAAGCUCGGAGCCACGAUGGACACCGGAGAGCCCUGACUUCUUCGCUGAGGAUUUAAACUCAACACAGGGGAAACCUGGACACUGAGCCAGCUAAGACUGAGAUUCACCUCCACCAGCGCCCCGCUAGGCCAUGCUCCAGCUAUGACAACUACAAUCUGCAAUCUGACUCGGCCCAUCCCCUCUGCGUCUCUCUCCAGGGCUCGGUCUGUGAUGUUGACAGUCCUGCUGCAUAUCUUCCUGGUGUCCCAGGGUGCUCGGAGUCUGGAGCCUCACGAGGGAGCCUCCCUGCCCUCAGGUACCGUGGACCUCCCCUGGCAGGAUGAGCUGUGCUGUGACUCACCUUCAGCCCACCUCACUGCAGAGGGAAGCAACGUGCACGCAACGGAGACAAACCGUUCUGAUUCAAGCCUCCCACACUAUCCCCGCUGCCGCUUCAGGAGCUCGACAGCCGAAUCACAUCGUCAUGAGCGCUCCGCUGGAACCUGUAUGGACAUACUGUGCAGAAUUGAUGAAAACUGGGAAAAUUUCAUUUGUGACCUGCAGCCUCACGGUCCACCAUCAACCACACCGGCAGCUGAUCUUGUGGCGGUUAGCUUGCAGCGUCUGCUGUCGCCGAACGGGGAAACUAAUAAUCCUGUUGUCUGUGAAGCGGAGGAUUCCUUCACCUGUUCGAUCGCCCUCGACACUACGACAAGCUUUGUCACCAUGGUAACCGUCAGCAUCUCCGACGCCGUAGCUCCUCCGGUCCUACUCAGGAUUCCCGCCCGACCCGUGAAACCAAGUCCUCCAGUCAACCUGUCGCACAUCCAGACCAUUGAGGCAGAACUGAUUCUACUCUGGGACGACCCGCCAGACUAUGAGACCGGCCCGCUGAGAUACGAGGUCCGAUACUCCUCCAACACCACUCACCCAUCCUGGCAGGUGGUGUCCGCGCCUGCAGCGCCCAGGUCGCCUCUGGAUCUGAAGGCCAAACUGAACUACACCGUCCAGGUUCGCUGCUCCAGCGUGGACAGGCCUCCACUGUGGAGCGACUGGAGUGAGCCUCACCACAUCUACCUAGACACGGUGAGCUACAUCCCUGAGAAGGUGGUGGUGCGACCGGGGGAGAACGUGACGGUGUACUGCGUGUUCAACGACCACAACAUCAACGCCAGCACGGCCGUGUGGAUGCUCAACUUCCAACAGCCGCUCCAUCGCAGCCAAUACCACCCGGUCAACCAAUGGGUCAGCCAGAUCACAGUGCGUCCCUCAGAGACUCAGAUGUACGACCUGCUGCAGUGCACUCAGGAGUGGACCAUCCCCUACAGCCAGAUCUAUGUAGAAGGAGCUUCAAUUGAUAUAAACUGUGAAACCAACGGUGACAUCGACGCCAUGGACUGCAGCUGGAAGAACACACAGUGGACUAAACUCAAGUUCAGAUCCAGGUGGGCGGACCUACCAUGUGAUGUGAUGGAGGAGAGGGAGAGAGCGGGUGAGAAAGUGGGGGAGAUGGGACCCGCCUGCCCGCAGGUGCUAUCCAGGCAGAAGAGCUGCACCAUCCAGCCUCUGAGGAUGAACUGCUACAAGCUGUGGCUGGAGGUGCCGUCCCGACUUGGACCCAUCAGGUCUAAACCCGUCUACCUGUCCCCCAUCGAUCACGUGAAACCUCACACGGCCACUAAUGUGAAGGCAGUGAGCCGGAGCAGCGGGGUCCUGGCAGUCACGUGGGAGCCUCCGUCUCUGCCGGUCGAGGGGCUCCAGUGUCAGUUUCGGUACCACUCGCCAUCCGCUGUGAGAGCCCAGCCGGAGUGGAAGGUCCAGAGUCCAGUGAGGGUGCCGUGGGGGGAGGUCGCGGUGUCCGACAUGUGCCGGGUGUAUGUGGUCCAGGUACGCUGCAUGCACACCAACGGCACCGGCUACUGGAGCGAAUGGAGCGACUCGGCCUACUCCACACCUCAAAACAGCAGAGCUCCUGAACGUGGUCCUGAUUUCUGGAGAAUUCUUGAGGACGAUCCAUAUGGAAACCAGACUAAUGUCACGCUGCUAUUUGAGCGUCUCCAAAUAUCGGGGCACUCUUACUGCGUGGACGGAUUUAUUGUGCAGCGCCAGACCUCCAGUGGCUAUGUGACGAGGGAACAGAUCGACCUGACGUCCUCCUACAGCUUUGAGUGGAACCAGAUGCUUGAAACUGUGACUGUGGAGGCCUACAAUAGUCUGGGGAGCUCGGCCCACAAUGUCAACAUGAUGCUGGAGAGGCAGCCCAAACGUCGCUGUGUGAGUUCGUUCAGUGUGUUGGUCAUCAACAGCACCUGUGUGUCUCUGUCCUGGACUCUGCUGGACAACAGCUCUGUCCCCCUGUCCAUGGUGGUCCAGUGGUCUCAUCACAAAGGCCAGAGUGGAGACAUGUGGGCCAGACUGCCCUACACUGACCGUCCCAUCUAUUUGAGAGGUGAUUUCUUCGGUUCUGAGGAGUCGGGCUUCUACUUGUACCCUGUGUUUGCCGACGGAGAGGGGGAGCCAGUGUACGCUACCGCCACCAGAGGAGACCCUGCAGCUUACAUGAUGCUGAUGAUCAUCUCCUUCCUCUCCAUCGUCCUGUUUGUCAACCUGGUCCUCUCCCAAAACCAGAUGAAAAAGUUUGUGUGGAAGGAUGUGCCCAACCCAAACAAGUGCUCCUGGGCCAAAGGACUCGACUUCAAAAAGGCCGACAACUUUGAACACCUGUUCCGGCCUCCAGAAGGCCUCUCAGCCUGGCCGCUGCUCCUGCCCUCUGAGAACAUUUCCAAAGUCGUCAUAGUGGACGAAGUUGAACUCUCAGCUCUGACCACAGCUUCAGUCCAAGCCCCGCAUGUGUCCCUAACUCCAGACCCAGCCGCCACCUUAUAUGUCUCCUCCUCUCCACGGUUAGACUCAGAGGUCGACCAAACCCAACCCGUGGAAGGACGCGGAGUUCCUUCCUUUGCACUUGAUCUGGACGCUUUAACCAGUUCCAGCCCAAUGCUAGAUGAGUUACAGCUGGUCGACCCCCCGGUGGAGCAACCCCCAGGCAGCAAAGACAGCUCUGCUCAGUCUUCAGUCACGUACGCCACUGUGCUGCUCUCUCAUCCCAAGCAGGACCAACAGCCCAUUCAUCUCCACUACAAGGACGGUAGCGGCAGCAGCUCCAGCGACGAGGGCAAUUUCUCUGCCAACAACUCAGACAUUUCCGGCUCGUUCCACGGAGGCCUGUGGGAGCUGGAUGACCCGCGGCGCUCCUGCUCCUACAACUCCGUGGAGGAGCUUUCUGAAACAUCGGAGCAAGAAGACGGAGAGGAGGCGAGAGAGGAGAAGGAAUUGUACUAUCUAGGAAUGGACUAUCGGGCAGAGGACGAGGACAGCGAGGGAGAUCAGGAGGAGAGAGAGGAAGAGACAGCAGCUGAGCUGCUUAAAAGUGUAGUCUUGGGCAGAGAGGACUGUUCUGUGGAGUCACACCCUUUGCUUGGCGCUGAGGACUCGAGCGAGCCACGCGGCGUCUCCCUGCUGUACCUGCCACAGUUCAGAACUGCACCGUGCUCCAGGCAAGUCGCUGCUCAACCACAGGACGGCCCGGGUGCGAGCCUCACGCAGACUGCUUUCAAAUGAACAUGUGCACAUACGAAUCAAUUGUGUUGUGGACUGUGUCCCGAUUCAGAACUUACCAAAGCAGAUUUGAAUGUGUUCCUUCAGACAUAGUGAGGUGUGGAGCUGUAAAAAAUACCUCGACGUGUGCAUGAAUGGAAACUGAUUUUCAUCCACGCUGCUAUUGUGUUCUGUGGGUAAAGACGUCAGGAGGGCACAAGCCUCGUUUGUGGGCGUUUCUUUCUUUCUUUAUAGGGUUUCAGAACCCAGAUUCAGCUGUGCCAAACUGCUUCUCUGACAUCGUUUACUGGUACAGAGGACGUGCUGAGAACAUCGAACCUGAGGCUCGCCUACGGGAAUAAUGUGGGGUUUACUGAGAGCAGCAGGCGGAGUGUACACGCAGGGAUGGAGCUAAAAGAGACAGCAAGCAUCUUGUGGCUUCAAACAUCUGACACAUACAGCAUGUUUCACAGGUGGUCGCACAUAUAUAGUAUGCCGUAAUGCUGUUUGUGCCUUCAUCCACUCAUCUGCCUGCCAUCAUGUAGAAAACAUUUUGUGUCUCAUUCUCUGCUGAGUUGUUUCAGCUGCAUAUGAGGUGGAACAUGAAAGAGGUUCAAAGAGAAUAAAUAACCGCACAGAAAGCGAGAGAGAGAAGGCACAUAAUCUGCACAGUUUUGGUUUCAUCAGAGCACCUGAGACUGUGAAGCGAAGGCAAAUCUUGGAUCUCGGUCCAAAGUUACAUAACGAUAAAAAAACAGAUGUAGUCUGUGACUAACUGCAGGUGAUUUCUUUGGGCGCAGAACUUACUGCAUUCACUGGCAGCUUGUGCAACAACAUCCGCAUGGACUAUGUUACCCACCAACCCAAAGAAUGUCUUUUUAUAAUUUGUGCCGUACUGUGUUUUGUGGGUAAUACAUGUGACGCCUGUGUAUUCUGUGUUUGGCCGUUAGCAUAAACACCUGCUGUCUGGUGUAACUAAAAGACUAAAGAAUGUAUAUUUGAAACCAGAGGAAGAGAUUUAGGAGGAAAAUGUUGAAAUAUUGUUGACAGAAAUUGUUUAUUGUAAAUUGAGAUGCUGUCUAUUUUUCAUGGUGAUAAAGUGAAAUAAAGUGUUUAUUGUGA